AUGAAUAAACUUUGUAGAGGCUGCUACUACACUUCCAAUCACUCCUCUAAUGAAUAUGGUCGGAUCAUCAUCAUCUGGAAAGACACUAUCUCGGUUCGUAUCCGACAUCAAUCAAGCCAAGCAGUCACUUGUGAGGUCAAGAUCCAGGGUACUGCACCAUUUGUGUACACAGCAAUUUAUGCAUCUAAUGAGCGAUCAGAAAGAACAGACCUAUGGGUAGAGCUGUUAAACACUUACCAGACUCACUCUCUCGACUCAGUUCCAUGGAUGUUGGGAGGUGAUUUUAACCAGAUAGUUCAUCCUACGGAGCACUCUCAUGCUGAUGUAAACUUUCUCUCUGCCAGCAUGGUUAAACUGAAGGACUGCCUCCACCAUAUGAGUUUGUAUGAUCUACGCUAUCAGGGCUCCUUCUUCACCUGGUCUAAUAAGCAACCUGAUUUCCCUAUUGCAAAAAAGCUUGACCGAUUACUUAUCAACAGCCAAAUCCUAAACCUCUUUCCUAACUGUCAAUCCUUCUUCCUCCCUGGCCUUUUCUCUGAUCAUUUCCCUUGCUUACUUGACCUUGCCUAUAAAACCCCCACUCAUGGUACCCGUCCCUUUAAAUUCUAUAAUUACCUAGCCAAACACCCUAGUUUUCACCAAGUGGUUUAUGAGGCAUGGACACAAGCCGGAAGCACUGCCUGGAACCUCACAGUUCUAUGCUGGAAACAAAAGCAAAUAAAGAGUGCCUUAAAAACACUAAACAGAGACAACUUUUCACAAAUACAGAUUAGAAUGAGUGAGGCUAACCGUUUGCUACAACAUGUGCAGGUGCAGGCUAUGCAAACUCCUACUUCUCAGCUAUUUGAAAUGGAGAAACAAGCGGUAGAGAGAUGGAAUUUUCUGAGGAUGAUAGAGGAGUGCUACUUUAAGCAACGAUCCCGCAUUAAUUGGCUGAAAGAAGGUGACCUGAAUACAACUUACUUCUAUCGGGUGGUGCAAUCACGCAUGAGCUUCAACACUAUUCAUUCCUUUAUCCUCCCCUCAGAUAACAUCCUAACGGAUCCACUUGACAUGAGUACGCAUGCGAUUCAACACUUUACAACAAUUCUGGGUAACCCCCUCCUCGAGUCUCCAUUGUGUCUACCACCGCCUGGUUUAGUUCCUUGA